AUAUAUAUAAGUGCUGGUCAGGUGGAUGGCAAAGAAUAAAGACAUCCAUUAAAGAGAUAGCAUCCACCUUUAUUGAUGGCGGUCACUUCCCCCGAAAACCCUGUCGUUGAUAAGGAGAACGAUGUACCAAGCGCCACAGAGAACUCGCUGAAAGCCGCAGCGGCGAACUCGAGUUCGCCCGACGAUGUCAGAUUCCAGAUGACGAGUGUCAAUGAGGAGAAAAAUAAGGGCUCUAGAAAAGGAACCAUUAUCCAAUUCAUCAUCGUGGCUAUUCUAUCCAUGGCCGUCGGGGCUGUAGGGGCCAUCUUUAUAUACAGGGAAAUUGUCGGUAAUGCUGAGCCAGCCCCUCAGACGGUGACUCCUUCAGUCAGUGGUCAAAACCAAGAACUCUCGGAUAAUGGCGGGCUAGGAGAUGGAGGCUUUGCCGGAGGCAUUGAACUACCACCCCCACCGCCGCCAAACGACAGACGAGAAGCCACAACAUCAACGAGUAAUGGCGACGAUCCACCUCAACCUCCCGUGUUUGAUGGGGGAAACUUUGGAGGCUUAUUUCUAGUUCAAGGAGAAGAUCCAGCUCUAGAACCACCGUUUCCUUUAGGAGGUCGACCCGAGCCUGUCGAUGUAACCUUUCCAGUUACCAAUGGUAAUUUUGGUCCACCCAACUCCGAGGACUCAAUGCCGACAGGUGUGAUGGAAGACAUUGCUCACCAUUCCUUUCAAAGUAGGAUAGGUCCAUUAAAAGUUGAUUAUACACAAAUUUCAUGUGAUUUUGACACACCCUGUGAGUGGUUUAGAAUAGAGGAUUGGACCGUGCAAAACAAAACAAUUGGCAAUGUUUCUGAUCUUGGAGUGUACUACUCAGGGAACUACCUGUUAUUUCAAUAUCAUUUGCCCGGUGUAAAUAUCAUUGUCACCAACGAUGUUAUUGUAAGUAAGUUCAACGCCGUGUUCUGUCUCUCCUUCGUGUACUACCUUCCCGGUCCCUCUGGGGUCCUGUACGUACAAAUCGUUGAUUCCAACACAGGGGACAUGAGAGCGGUCUUUUCUGAUAGAAAUUACUCCGAAGUGUGGAGGAAAAGUAAUGUCACCAUCACAACUUCCAGCGAUUUCGUUAUUUUACUGGAGGUGGAAAACCUGUUAAACGAUUCAAUGAUUGCCAUCGACAAUGUUGUCCUAACAAAUGAAACGUGUAUUAAUACACAAGAAUCAGAAAGCAAUCCUCCUUUAACAGUCCAACCAUUUAUUCCCGCUGCACUAUGAGAUGGUUUAUGGAUCCGACUGGUAUUAAGAAACGUUCGCUGUGUUUUACGGACAUUAAUUACUUGAAGACCAAACAAGAAUGAAGUAUAUUUCAGUAAUGUUGUUUAUUUUAAAAAAAAUAUUAAUACGUUGAUAGAUGAUGUUUUAAUAUACAUUUAGACUAAAUUAUAUGUGUAUCAAGUAAAAAUGAAUUGAUUUGCUACGACAUCUAUGUAUGUUUAUCUAAAUAACAUAUUGUUAUAUUUUGUAACCAAAUGUAUCAGAUUCAUGUUGUGCAUUUUUUUUUUAAAAAUUUGUAAUUAUUUAUUCAUUUAUAGAAAGUUUUUUUGCUUCAAAUGCACUUGUUUAAAGAACAAAUAAAUGGUAUGAUAUCA